UUAAUAACCUAAUUAUUUACUGAAUUGUGUAACAUAUUUGUAAAUCUUUCCUGCCAAAAGUACUUACUGUAUCGGCUGUUGUUGUAGAAUAUUGAUUAUGUAACAACACAUUACUAAAUAAAACGUUUGCUUUCGUGUUGAUAUCUGCCAGAUGCUGGAACUGCAGGAUGCGUCGAGACAUCCUUCUCAGGAAUCGUUAACCGGUGCCGAUGCUGGUCAUUUACAUCCUGGUCACGCGUAUCACAAUGGUCAUCAUCGCCGUUCGCCGAGUUUAAGACAUAACGGAUCUCCAUUGGCCAGAUCUCCAAGUCCUAGACGGCGAGGCCAUCAAUACAUACAUCAUGAUAUUGGGUUCUCCGAUACCGUAUCUAAUGUUGUAGAGAUGGUCAAGGAGACCCGUCAUCCAAGGCACGGAUAUGGGCAUCCGCGUUAUCCAAGAGGUUCAUGGUCAGCAUCGACAAGUCCGGCCCGUUCGCCUUCGCCUUCUCGUUAUGGUGGCCAUUAUUCGCACAGUAGGCGUACAGAACUGCCUUUUCCCACAUAUGGGACAACAAGUCUAUGUCAAAGAUCACGUUCGCCAAGUCCCGCUCGACUACAGGAGAUGCGUGAACGAGAUAGACUUGGUUAUGGGAUUGAUAUGGAUCAGACACAUCACACGACACCUCAUAGUGUUCAUUCCUUGCCACACCACCGUGAUCUGCUGCGGGAUCGUGCCAUGUACCGCGAUCUGUAUAGCAGUAGGGAGCGCGAUCGCGAUCGAGAGCGAUAUAGAGAUCACUUACGCGACUAUGAUAUGCGAUAUGAAUAUCGGGAUCAUGAGCGUGAACUCUAUGAGAGGGAGCGUGAUCGAUUAAGGGAUUUCGAAAGAGAAAGACUGGAAUACAUAGCGCCGCUAUCGUUUGAACAAGCGCUUGCUAUGGGCAGAACGGGGCGAGUCCUGCCAUCACCCGUUCUAAAUGGCUAUAAGCCAAAAGGUGGCUUUCACCCAAGACACUCCGAUUCGGAUGAGGAGGACUGGUGCUAGCAAAGGCUUUGAUUGCGAUUGCGUAAUCGACGGGAACAGAUCUGGGUAUAGCAUCAAGCCAUAUUUCCAUCACUCUCUGCACCGGACUUAGACCAUAAUUUUGAUACAAUACCGUUGCAACAAUUCACUGCUGCAUCCGAUACCGAUUUAAUAGAAACCACAUUCAUCGAUACAGAUUUAAGUGAAAAUGCUGCCAUAGCUGCUACAGCCGCCGACUUAGACGACAUUGGUGGUGGUGGUGGUGGCGGUGGUGGUGGUGGUGCUGAUGACGCUGCUGAAUAUUUGCGCAUACGCGUCCGGGCGAUAACAGAACCAACAAUUUGUGAUUUAGUUGAUACAGGUCGGGGCGAUCGCGGGAGGAUAGUAGCGAAAACCAGGCCAUUGUCAUUGGUUAUGCCACGCCUUGAAACGGAAUGUGCUAUAGCGACUACGAGAAUUUAUUCCGCUCAUGAGCUUGACCAACGGUAUCAACAGCAUACCGGUUAUGCAACCAGUGAACCGCAUAUGCCGAUGGCUUAUGAUCUGCAGCAUCAGUACGCAACAGCAGCAGCAGCAGCAGCAAAAACACAGCCUGAACAGCAUUUGUAUCAUACGUUGUAAAAAAACAAAAAAAAAAAAUAGAAAUAUGAAGAAACUGCAUACAUA